AUGAGGUCUUCACUGUCCUACAACUCGCUGUCGGUCCGUCCGAGUCCCAGCAGACGGGCGCUGGACUGGGAGCGCGAGCAGCUCGCCGUGCGACGACUCUCCUCCCCGCGGGGUCUCGACCUGUUCUCCCCUCCUCCUCUUCCUCGCCGGCCCUCCGCCAUCCCCAGCUACCUGCUGCCUCCGUACCAGCAGCCGGACGAGCAGCUCCACCAGCAGCACCAGGGGCAGCACCGGCGUCCGUCUCUGUCGGUGGGCUCGGACGCCUCGCUGGCGCCCCCCGCACCCCCCCCGGCGGGCGCUGCCGCCCCACCCUGCUGCCGCCCGGUGGGGGUCAUGCACCUGCUCCGGCUGGGCCUCCUGGCGUUCAGCUGCCUGUUCUGGGCGGCCGGCCUGGCCAUCUUCACCAUGGGCGUGUGGGCCCAGAUCUCCCUGGCGGAUUACAUGCUCCUGUCGGCAAACAAGUACCCCAAUGCGCCGCUCAUCCUCCUGUCCACGGGCGCCGCCGUCACCGCCUGGGGCUUCCUCGGGUGUCUGGGCGUCGCCGCGAACCUGCCCGGCGUGCUCCGGGCUUACGGGUACUUCCAGCUCGCGGCACUGGUCGGCGGUUUGGCCGCCGGACUGUCGGGCCUCUUCUACCGCGAAGACAUCGCCGGGGGAUUUCGUAGCGGCCUACAGCGAGCGGUUCUGGGCUACACCGAGGACGAGGGCCGUGCCGACGCCCUAGACAGCCUGCAGAGGGCCCUGGAGUGCUGCGGCGCCGAGGGCUGGCGCGACUGGCUCACGUCGGACUGGGCCAUCCAGCACAUGGUCUUCAUCCCCAACGAGAACGGCACCUCGGUGUCCCUGCCGGACAGCUGCUGCGUGCGGCGCAAGGGCUGCAGGAACCGGCCUCUGCUGACGGACGACGGCGUGGAAGGAGUGGCGGCGGCGGGGAUCCAUCCGCACGGCUGCUUCCGCAAAGUCUUCAGCCUGGUCAACGACAACGUGUUCCACAUCGCGGCCACGGUGCUCGGACUGGCCUUCACCCAGAUCGGAGGCAUCGCUCUGGCUUGUCUACUGGCCAACAAAAUGGCGCCGAGACAGCAUCGACACGUGGUGGCGCACUGA